AUUCUCCUCUUCUCUCUCUCUCUCUUUUAUUUUCCUUCUUCUCCAAAAGUUAUCUGGUGAGAAAACAAGACGUUUGGAUGAUAUUGACCCUGCCAUCAGUGUCCCUUGAGGAAGACAUCAGUCGUAGCUUCUUCUGUCCCAAUGGAUGCAUUAUUCAACUUGCGUUUCAGGCGAAAAGCUGUUGAGCCAAGUGGGCGCAGGCGCUCCAGCGUGUCACUUCCAGCAAGCAAAGCACGCCGGCGAUCCAGUGCGGGUCUGCCUUCAGCAGGACUGGCCCACAGACGCAGAUCCAGUGCUCAGCUUCAAAUCGGCAGCAUAAAGCCAGGGCUCGUACUACACAGAAGAGGACACUUUACGAGGAGAGGGUCAAGCGGCGGGACGGCUUGCCUGACUCCACGGUUCGCUAUCCGCCGAAAACAUGCUGCAAAACACCGCAGCAUUCACGCCCAACUACUAGGACCAUCGCUGCUCCUGGCGAGUGUGGUGCAGAUGAGUGAAGAUCAUGAACCUGAGGAUAAGAGUGCAGAGGAAUACUCCUCUCUCUCUGACACUGACUGUAGCCAAGAGGAGCACGAGCAAUCAGGGAUGGACUUUGAAACCGAGUCUGAUAAGUGUCUGACAUGGUUGGCUCAGGGUUUGUUGGUGGGAGAAAGUAUUCAGCCCCGGCCUCUUAUCCGUGCACCUCGCUGUCUUAGGAGAAACUCCUCGCACCUUCUCCCCGCUGAGGCCGUUUACAGAAGCCCAGCUUCUUAUGGGCUGUAUGGCCGCUAUCGUAGGACCAGUCAGGUGCAUAAUUUGGGUGGAUUGUGGGCAGGGAAGAGAAGUUCUCUCGCAGCUCGCGGAUCAGUUGCACUGUACAGGACGAGCCCCCCUUGCUGGCCAGAUCUCAGUGUUUCGCACACACUUCAGGGAACUUACUACAACCCACAGAUUGACACAUGGAGUGGGUUCCUCUCGAAGGCCAUUGCCAAGUCCGGUCUCCAGCACCUCUCAUGCCAGCCCAGUGCUGCAGUGUUGGCCAAAGGGGAAACGGACAGAGAAAUACGCAGCACAGUAGACUGGAGUGAAUCAGCUGUAUACGGAGAGCACAUCUGGUUUGAGACGAAUGUCUCGGGGGACUUCUGUUACGUUGGAGAACAGCACUGUUACGCCAAGUCACUGCAAAAGUCUGUUGCUCGGAAAAAGUGUGCAGCUUGCAAGAUCGUAGUUCACUCUAUCUGCAUUGAACAGCUGGAGAAGUUAUUGGACUGGAAUGCUCCGCCUCAAGGGGAGGGGCUUGAUGAGAUGCUUCUCAAAGAGCCAUCAUUCAGAAUAAACUUCAGAUGUAAACCAUCUUUCAGGGAGUCAGGAUCACGGAACAUCCGAGAACAAACCUGGCGACGCAGAGCUUUCAGAGGUCGCUGUGCUUUGGAGCAAAUGAGAGGUGCUGCAGCUAAAUAUACUGCACACACCUCUAACACACAGCCUGCAAUAGUGCGACACCAUUGGGUCCAUCGGAGAAGACAAGAGGGCAAAUGCAAACAGUGUGGAAAGGGAUUUCAGCAGAAAUUUGCCUUUCACAGUAAAGAGAUUGUAGCCAUUAGCUGCUCCUGGUGCAAACAAGCAUAUCAUAAUAAGGUGACAUGCUUCAUGCUGCAGCAGAUAGAAGAACCCUGUUCAUUAGGAGCUCAUGCUGCUGUUAUAGUACCACCUACCUGGAUCAUACGGGUUCGCCGACCUCAGUCCUCGCUAAAGUCAAGCAAAAAGAAAAAACGAACGUCUUUCAAACGCAAAUCCAGCAAGAAAGGAGCAGAGGAGGCACGAUGGAAGCCCUUUAUAGUGAGACCCAUUCCUUCCCAACUCAUGAAGCCACUGCUAGUGUUUGUAAACCCAAAGAGUGGAGGAAACCAGGGAGCUAAAAUCAUCCAGACCUUUCUUUGGUAUCUGAACCCUCGGCAGGUGUUUGAUCUAAGUCAAGGAGGUCCUCAGGAAGGCUUGGAAAUGUAUCGCAAAGUUCACAACUUGAGAAUUUUGGCCUGUGGGGGGGAUGGCACAGUGGGCUGGAUCUUGUCUGCACUUGAUCAGCUCCAGUUAAACCCCUCUCCUGCUGUGGCUGUACUUCCUCUGGGCACAGGAAAUGACCUUGCUAGGACGCUAAACUGGGGUGGGGGCUACACAGAUGAACCUCUCAGUAAAAUCCUGUCUCAUGUGGAGGAUGGGAAUAUUGUACAGCUGGAUCGCUGGAAUCUUGUUGUGAAGCCCAACACAGAGGCAGGACCAGAGGAAAGAGACGAGCAGGUGACGGACAAGCUCCCUCUAGACGUCUUCAAUAACUACUUCAGCCUUGGGUUUGAUGCUCAUGUGACUUUAGAGUUCCACGAAUCUCGAGAGGCUAAUCCUGAGAAAUUUAACAGCCGGUUCAGAAACAAAAUGUUCUAUGCAGGGACAGCGUUUUCUGAUUUCUUGAUGGGCAGCUCCAAAGACCUGGCUAAGCACAUCAGAGUAGUCUGUGACGGCACAGAUUUGACCUCAAAAGUCCAGGAUUUAAAGCUGCAAUGCCUGGUCUUCCUAAAUAUCCCCAGGUACUGUGCGGGCACAAUGCCAUGGGGCAAUCCGAGUGAGCAUCAUGACUUUGAGCCUCAGCGUCAUGAUGAUGGCUGCAUUGAGGUCAUUGGAUUCACAAUGACAUCACUGGCCACACUGCAGGUCGGAGGUCACGGUGAGAGGUUAAAUCAGUGUCGCGAAGUCACCCUCACCACCUUUAAGUCAAUCCCCAUGCAGGUGGACGGCGAGCCUUGCAAACUAGCACCAUCUGUUAUUCACAUUUCUUUGCGAAACCAGGCCAACAUGGUGCAGAAAACUAAGAGACGUACAUCUAUACCACUGCUGAAUGACCAGCAACCAUUUCCAGAACGACUACGGAUCAGAGUGAGCCGCAUCAGCAUGCAUGAUUAUGAAGCUCUGCACUACGACAAGGAGAAGCUCAAAGAAGCUUCGAUUCCACUGGGUCUCAUCGUUGUCCCUGGAGACAGUGAUUUGGAAACCUGCCGAGCUCACAUCGAGAGACUACAGGAGGACUUUGUGUCGUGUCACCCGUCUCUGCAGCGGCUGGUGCUCCAGGAAGGUGACGGGACCAAAUCAAAGGCUUUGUCGUCUCAGAGGCUAUCACCUAAGUGGUGCUUUCUCGACUCUACAACUGCUGAUCGAUUCUACAGGAUUGAUCGAGCUCAAGAGCAUCUAAACUACGUGACUGAAAUUUCUCAGGAUGAGCUGUUUGUUUUGGACCCGGAGCUGGUGGUCACAGAGACCGUCAGCACAUCGCCUGGCAUGCCAGACCUGGUGGACUCCUCUGGUGAGGUCCAGUCCGAUCCACACAAAUUUGCCUUCCCGUCAUCUUCUUCUUCUCCACCAAACACACCUGGACCCAGGGUUGCAGAGCUGCAAAGGAAGCGUGUUUCCAGUGACAGUUCUGUGGCAGAAGCACUUGCACACAGUGACUCGCUCAGAUCAGCCAAGCCAGCUCUCUGCAGAGUUGGCGGUGUUCAUCGCUCAAAUACAACCGCAGCAGAUUUCAAACCUACCAGCAGGUUUGAGAAGAGCGCUGUGAACAAUGCCAACUCUGUGUCAGUGGAAAGUCUAAUUGAAUGUGUGAAGAAGAAGGACCAGCAGAAGUUGAAGGAGUUGCAUAAGAAAGGGGCCGACCUGUGUGUGCAGGACCCUGUAGGACGGACCCUACUGCACUAUGCUGUGGAAGUGGGCAGCAAGGAGAUUGUCAAAUACAUCAUUGAUAAUGCACCCACCGAUAUCCUGGAUGUAACAGAGAAAGAAAAUGGAGAGACAGUGUUGCACAAAGCAGCCUCGCUGUGUCAUAGAACAAUCUGUCAUUACCUAGUGGAAGCAGGAGCAUCUCUUAUGAAGACAGACUUACAGGGCGACACUCCGAAGCAUCGUGCCGAGAAGGCAAAAGAUGCUGAACUUGCGGCAUAUCUCGAGAACCGCCAGCACUACCAAAUGAUCCAGCGUGAGGACCAGGAGACCGCAGUUUGACCUUUAUCCUCUGACUGAUGUCCUCGUUAUUUUGUGCCAAAACAACUGUAUACCAAAAAUGUGUCUCUAUACCCAUCGCAGACUCUCCGGACUGCAAGCGGGAUGAUACAUUCCCAGAGAAGGGAGAUGAUUGCACACUUCACCGUCUCUGAAAUGUUCCCUAGCUUUUGUCAUCAUUCUCUGAAUGACCUUGAUGGACUUCAUGUCGUUAAUUUCAAUGCACUGCCAAAAUAUCUUAGAGGGUUUUUUAUGUAUGGGACAGAAUGGAUUUCCCUCCAUGUUAAUGCACUCAUCAGUGUUGCUUUUCUAGUUUGACAAUGCUGAAUGUCUGAUGAAUACAAUGAGGUCUUCAAAAGAAGGCUGGUGAGGACAGUGUUUUGUCUGUCUUAAGCCACGGCUGUCUGGAAGUCCACAGCUACAGCUUUAGUAUUGCUCUGUUAAAACUGAGCUCUGGUUAGUGGUUCAGAAGUGAACCAGACAUGACAUUUCAAUUAGCUGACCUGUUUCCUAAUAACAGUAGAGGCAUUUAAUGACAUGAUGAUUAUGUAUAAUGUAACUCUCUGGAUUCCCCUGCACUGAAAGACUUCAGGAUGGUUCAUAGAUGAGGAAUAUUAUCUUUGGUCUCGGUUUGAAGUGUCAGACAUGUUUAGAUAUUUUUCAGGUGUGUAAUUGCAAAGAUUUUGCAUUUUCAUAGAUUUCUGUGGUGUUUCUAAUAAGAACAUUCGGUACUGUAAAUGUAUGCGAGUAGCUUUUUGUUUAAGAGGCAUUUGCACUGUAGCUUCGAUUGCCUUUUUUUCUGGAUUUAUAAUUGUUGUACUAAAAUAUAGCUUCUUUCCUACAAUAUUUUUAAGUAAAUAGAUGUUUAUAUAAUUUGUAGCUAUAAAAGAUGUGUUGUUCUUUUUGUAUCAUAAACCUCUGUAAAUUAGAUUUGCUUUAUUGGAGUUGAGAACAGAUCUUCCUGUGAUUCAGCUCUUUUUUUCCUAUGUUUUUAAACCGACAUGCUCUUUUAGAGUUUGUUUUGUUAUGGCUUUUGUUUUGUUUUUUAGUACUGAUGUCUUAAUGGAGAUUGAAGAUUUUAGGAUGCUAUUUAUUUUCCUAAAAAGCUAUAUAUUGAAAAUAUUGAAAGCAUACAUAUUUAAUACAUACAAGUAAUACUUAAUAGUAAUUUAUAAUCUUUUUGAAUUAUUUACGUCACAGAAUGAAACUGUCCAGAGAUUUACUUCAUUAAUGAUAUGACCCACUGAUUUCAAAGAUCAAUAAACAUCGUUACGCAGUAUGUUUACAGUAUUUUGACGUUGUUAACACAUUGUGUUAAUUAAUGUUAUUAAUAUUCUUAUUUAAUAUCCUGCAUCAUUAGCUCUGCAAAUUUUUGGGGGGAAAUAUGAGUGUUUAAACAUCCAUCCCAUCCAUUCAUCCCCUACCCUGACAGCUAUUUGACAGGAGCAUUGAUGGAUAACAUCAUAUAAAUCUGUGUUUCUCAACCACGUUCCUGGAGGACCACCAGCUCUGCACAUUUUCCAUGUCUCCUUAUCCAAACACACCUAAUUCAGAUUAUCAGCUCAUUAGCAGAGACUGAAAGACCUUUAAUGGAUGUGACAGACAAAGAAGACAUCCAAAACAUGCAGUGUUCCUGGUCCUGAAGCAACGUGGUUGAGAAACACUGAUAUAAAUGACAUCAUAUACCAUAAAAGCCAAACUUUUACAAUAAACAUUCAGACAGAUGUUUUUGUAAACCAUUUUGCUCUUUUUUGUAGAGAAAUUUACCUCUUUUUGUUCUCCUUAUAUAAUGUUUUAAUCCGGGAGCUCAACGUAAAGGCCAAAUAUCACCUGCACUACAGUAAUGGAAAGGCUGUUUUAUGUACUGUAGCUUGGAAAGACAUACACAGAUGCAUUCUGGGAGAGAACAGAGCUAGCAGACUGGCUACAACUGUAAGUGAUCCUCAUGCCAGUUCUUAAACUGAACCAUGCCAAGUUCAUUCCUUUACAAAUUAAUUGAAGUUGAGGAGAUUUUAGGAUUCUUUUACUUUCUUCAAAAUCAUAACAAUCCUACAACUAGAGUUUGUCAAAUUAAUACGCCAGACAGAUGGUAACGAUUUGCCCAAAUAUCUAUUUAUAAUUUUUCUUGUUAUACUGUAAUACUUUGGAAGGGUUUCUAAAGCAGUUGUAUUGUAUGUAAAUAAUACAUUGAGUUUUAUUUCUCAUUUAAAAUAUAUUAGAACCUCGCUAGAAUAAGCUUCAUUUUUCUCUGUUUCUGUGAAACUGAUUUGGACAUAGACCUUUAGAAAUUCAACAGCCUUAAAUUUCUCAAGUGUUUUACCAAUGUUUAUUCACAGUUCCAUACUCUUAGCAAUAUGUUUAUUUUUGACUGGCAUUGUGACGUUUUCUGCAUGAACUCCACAGCUAUCAACUCAGUGAAGUGCAAAUUUUAAUGGCCAGUUUUUAUUUAAGUACUGCAUUUAGCAUAUCAUUCUGAUGCCUCUAAUGGCAAGUGAGGAACCCACUGAGUUAGUCUGGCUUAUUUAGAUUUUUCAUACUUUAAUUAUAUGGCCCUUUUGUUGUUGUUGUUGUUGAUCUAUCUAUACUGCGACAUGUUCAGAGGAGUUUAUAAGUGACCUUGUGUUACUCUUCAUUCUUCUAUACUGGAGUCUAUUUUCCUCCAACCAACAGAUCACGAUGGUGGUUCUGUACAAUGUUUCAUUAUAAGUAAUUCAUACUUGCGGGUUUUCUCAAGCAGCUAUUCAGGGACGGAGCUUUUUAUGUCCCUUUAUCAUCUGAUUACAACCAAGAUUUUAAUCCAUGGCUUAUUUUAGCUUCACGUCUCAUUAUCACCACAUUGUCGGAAAACACAUUAAUUACGUUUCCUUAUUGUCCUAUUGUGAUUGAUCCACCGUCAAGACUUCAUCACCAACAUUAUUAAUAGGCAUUCAAUUUUUACUGAAAGAGAUAGUUCACCCAAAAAUGAGACCCUUCAUUUGUUUACUCACCCUUCACUUGUUCAAAACGUUGAUUUUCUUCUGUUGAACACAAAAGAAGAUAUUUUGAAGAAUGCUGGUUGAAUUCCUCAGUCUUUUUUAUUAUACUAUGGAAGUCAAUGGGUACUGUCGACCUGUGUUCUUCAAAAUAUCUUCUUAAAUGUUAAAAACCACAUGAGGAAGUAAAUGGUUAGAUGAUAAUCAUUUUGGGUGAACUGUCCCUUUAGGAGAUUAGAUUUUCCAAAGUUUCUUCAAGCGUUUCUCCAUUGUUUUAUGGAAAUCUCCUUACUUUUAACUUUCAAAGGGCAAAGCAAUGUAAUAUGUAUGUAUUCUGAAUUUUUGAAUGUGUUUUGUUGCUGUGCAUUUUCUCGCUCAAUUAAGCUCUUAAGCCUUUAGCCAUCAUUGAGAUGCAUGAAAACAGCGAGAGGAGGAAGAACUGCCUCUUUCAUUGAUUUACAGGGAACAUGAUCUGACAUUGACUCUAAUUUAGUCUCGUUUUAGUCAGAUUUUUUUCUUUUUUUGAGUUGCGGUGCAAUUCAAGGCUAGAAAUCGCUAGAGGUUAUAAAGAGAAAGCAUGGGUUCUAGUGCAAUAUACUGGAUUUUAAGAGAUGUUUUAUGAAUAUUUUGUUCUGUGACAAUAUGUAGUCAAUAUUUAUCUCUUCAAUGAACUUAUUCUGUUACUGUCUGGCUAUUAACAUAAUAAAGCAUACCGAAUAUUUCA